GCGGGUUUGUUGUGGGGCCGCCGCCUGGUGGCUGUGACAGGGCCCGCGGUGGGGAAGUUUCUUUCAGUUCUAUGAUUCUUCCUUAGCAGGCCACCUAAUAUCCCAUGGAAGCCAAUUAAGUGUCACGCUGUAUCUGGUACAUUCAAGAAGCACAGCAGAUAUGUCCCUCAAAAAUGUACUGUGGGAGUUCAGCAGCAAAAAUGCUAGAAGACUAAGGCAUCAACUUACACAUCAUCUCAGAAAUAGAACUCAAUGGAUCGUCUGAAAAAGCUUGCCAGUGAGCUGAUCAGUAUACUCCAAUAUUCUAGGAGAUUGUCCUCAUGAAUACUCUUGUGGAGGAUGUCCAUGAUCCUCUUUGCUUGUGUGGUGAGAGUGAGGGACGGACUUCCACUUUCAGCCUCGACGGAUUUUCAUCUCAACCAGGACUUUCUGGAAUGCAGGAAGAGACUAAAGGCAUUAUCCUUAAUUCUGGCACAGUAUCCUGAUCGAGGCACAGCAACAGGACGUGGCUUCAGCAUACAUUUUCAUUCUUCUGGGGACAUCGCCUGCAUGGGAAUCUGCCUCAGCAGUUGCCCAACCGUCAUGGCAUUUUGUUUCCUGGAGGAGCUCCAGUGGAAAUUUUCUGCUUCAUAUGACUCUACGAGCAUAAGUUUGGCUACCAGACCCUAUGCUUUUCUUGAAUUUGAUAAUAUUAUUCAGAAAGUGAAAUACCAUUUCAACUACACAAGCUGCUCUCAAAUGAAGAACAGCCUGGAGAAAAUUCAGGAAGAGCUGAAGUUCCAUCCUCCUGUGCUUCUGAAACUAGAGGAUACAGAGCUGAUGAACGGGAUGAUUAACGGGCACACAGAAGUGCAGAUGGGGUCUGCCCCUACCUACAGAAUGCAACCUGUGACUCCUUUGGGGAUUCUGUCCCUUGUUCUCAACAUCAUGUGUGGGGCUUUGAACCUCAUUCGAGGAGUUCAUCUAGCGGAGUAUUCUUUUCAGGAAGACCACGAGGGAAUUGGAAAUGUAAUAGCAUUUCUCCUUUCUUUUCUAGCCUGCAUUUUUCAGUGUUAUUUGUACUUGUUCCACGGUUCAUCAAAGAAGAUGAAGGCGUUUGUACUGUUUUUCUCCAUUUGUCUAUGCAACAUUUACUUGUAUGGAUUAAGGAACAUCUGGCAAAUACUCUUUCACAUAGGAGUGGCUUCUCUUUCUUCAUAUCAGAUACUGACAAGGCAACUGAUGGAGAAACAGCCAGAUUUUGGAGUAUGAAAACACACGUGGGAUUCAUCACUCAUAUUUUAAAAACUCUUGUAUUUGCUUACACUGGCCAAAAAUACUUUGGGGAAUAUUUUAAAAAUGCACAACGAUGGUUAUCACGAGAGAGAUUUUGAAACGAAACAACUCGAAAUAAACUGUGCUCUUAUAAUUAGUGUCAAAUAGACAUGCAGGGGAUUAGUUGUAGGUCAACUGUGCAUUGAAGACUAUUUGCAAGCAUUCGUAAUGGAGGUUCUCACGGCCAUUGAGAAUCUUCAGUACUCAAUCUUUUCAGUGUACUCCUUGACUAACACCAAACAGUCAAUCUCUCUUCAUUUGUCUCAUUUGCUUUGCAACAGUUCACUAUUUUCAGUGUGUUGCCCUGGGAGUUUGACAGAAAACAUUGAAAUUGUACGUUAAAACCAAGACUGAUUAAAAUUGGGGAUAAUAAUGCUUAGCACUUUCAUCUAUAGAUCUCAAGUUGCUUGACAGAUGUAAGCUAAGGAGGCGUUUGUCAUAAUUAGUCAGUAAUUGGUGGGGAAAAAAUGCUUUUAGUGUGAUCUUCAGGGUAAUCUUAUUAAGGUGAAAUAGAAUUAUAGGGGUCUGAAGAAAAGAAAAGGGCAGGGGCCCUUUUUAAAAACCAUAAAGGAUGUAAAAUGUCUCUUGAGUAAACUGUACAUCUUAAAUGAUGGUACGGUGUGAGCUCAUUGGGAAAUUGUCAGUAAGUUUGAAGCUGCAUAAAACAAACCAAGAAAACACAUAACUGACCUUUCAGCCCAACUGGCCUUUAUUUCCUUGUUGAAGGUCACAUUGUUUGAAAGGGUAAUAAUAUGUUUGUUUGGUUUAUACAGAUAAAUAAGCUUGGAAGAUGUAUUUUGUGACAACACAAUGAGUUUUUCCACCUUUCAAAAGAUACAUUAUUAGCGAUUAGCAAUCCAUUCCCCACCCUGGAAAGCAAGAGCAGGUUCUCUUUAUUUUACAUUUAAGCUCUCAUGCUACGGUUAAUUUAUGAGCAUGCACUUUUGAAUAUAGUCAUUAGGAGCUGAAUUUGUCCACCUCUGCUGCAGUGUAUAUUCUGGUAUUUAAUGUGCUGAAGUAGACAUAUACAUUUUAAAUGUCAGUAAACACUUUUUUGAUA